UCUUUAGUUGUAAAUAGUCCUUGGUCCAAAAUAAAGCACGUUAGCGCUUGAUAAUCAAAAUAGCAUUUAGCGGGGAUUUAAAUCGAGAAGUAUUAGAAAUCGCACUAUGUAUUAUUUCAACUGAUUAAGAAUUUCAAUGUAAGGAAGGGAUAAUCAGAAAUGUGUCUGCGACAAACAUUUUUCGAUUUUAAUGAUCUUAGGAAAAGCUCAGUUUAGUGAGUUUAAUCAGAAUGGCAGUUUUAAUUAGUACAGGUCUAGUAUUUUCUUUGGUUUCCCAUUGAUAAAGAUAUGGCUACUGCAUGUGGAAUCGUUCAGCUGUUAUGAAAAUAUGCCAAUAGAUUUACCAUGUGGAAUUCUGACAGUGAAUUUCAGUUUGAUCUGAAUCCAUAUGACAGUUUUAUGCGCAAGCAUUUGGAACAUUAUGGAUACUAUACAGCUCAAACUGAAAUUGACAAAUGGAGGAAUCAGGGCUUCCGACACAAUUUCUCUUCCUAUGCGGAGUGGGAGAAGACGUAUGGGUACCAGUUAAGUAGCGGCAGUGGGAGCGAGAGUGACGAUUCUGACUCAGACUUUGAUGACAAGAAAAAUGCUAUAGUGGUGGAUAAAGAAAGAUCAUAUCAUAUACGUGCAGGUGUUAAUUGUGAUAGCGGCAUUAAGAGUUGUGUAGACGGAAAUCUAAGUGACAAUAAAUUACAGGAAGACCUUCUACGCACAACUCAGCUUGUCUACAGCUACAAAGAUGGAAAAGGAAUGGUCCCAAAGCUUCGAGAACCUAGAAACUUGUAUGCUCUUGCCAAAGAACUUGGGCCCCAGCAGGCAGCUAGAUGGCCAGCAGAUAUUCAGGUCUUGGAUGAAAAAGUCAAACACAUAAGAUACCUUCCACCAGAACCUGAGUUAUUUUAUAAACCAACUGGUUGUGAGAAAACACCAAUGGUUCGGGGCGAGGAAAAUGGAGGCCGCCUUGUGUAUAUGUAUGAACCCCGCUCCACAUUUUUUACAGAGAGUGUUUCCCAACCUUUGAAGUCACCUAGCCCAGGCCGAGAAGAGGAGUUUGUGAGGUCCCGUGUAGGGGGACUUCGCUCCGGACCUCAGAAGUGCAAUAUUGACCUCGAAUCUGAGGAGGAUGAAACUCUUAUAUUUGAAUCUCGGUUUGAAAGUGGAAAUCUUGCCAAAGCUGUUCAAGUUAAUUCCACUGACUAUGAGUUGUGGUUGAGAUAUGACCUCUACACAAACAAGCAUACACAAUGGUUCUACUUCAGGGUAUCUAACACUAGAGCCAACAAAACAUACCGCUUCACCAUCGUCAACUUCAUGAAGUCUGAUAGUCUGUACAAUAAUGGAAUGAAGCCAUUAAUAUACAGUGAGAAGAAUGCUCAACAGAAGAAGAUAGGCUGGGUCAGAGGUGGAAGUGACAUCAAGUACUAUAAAAAUAAUCUCAGUUUAUCUGGCACUAUAAACAGGUAUUCAACGUCUAAAUGUGACAAGUCUUUCUACUCUCUGACAUGGACAGUGAAGUUUGAACACAACCAUGACACUGUAUACUUCGCUCACUGCUUCCCAUACACCUACACAGACCUCCAGGACUAUCUCCUGGACCUCAAUAAUGAUCCAGUGAAGAGUAAGAUCUGUAAACAGAGAGUUCUCUGUAGAACCCUAGCGGGGAAUCUAGUCUAUCUACUCAGUAUCACCUCCCCUACACAGAACCCAGAGGACAUGAAGCAUAAGAAGGCUGUAGUGAUCACGUCCAGGGUACAUCCAGGGGAGUGUAACUCUAGCUGGAUGAUGAAGGGCUUCCUUGACUACCUAACAGGAAAUUCUGCAGAUGCCAAGCUUCUUCGUGAUACUUUUAUUUUUAAAAUUGUGCCAAUGUUGAACCCUGAUGGAGUGAUAGUUGGUAACUACAGGUGCUCCCUGGCAGGGAGGGAUCUCAAUAGGAACUACAAAACGGUGCUCAAAGACUCCUACCCCUCCGUGUGGCAUACCAAAAACAUGAUCCGAAAGUUGUUGCAGGAAAGGGAGAUAAUUGUGUACUGUGAUUUACAUGGACACAGUAGAAAACAGAAUGUGUUUAUAUAUGGCUGUGAGAACAGACACAAUGCAGAGAAAAGGCUGAAGGAGAGGGUGUUUCCACUAAUGCUCAACAAGAAUGCUCCUGAUAAAUUCAAGUUUGAAUCCUGCAAGUUCAAAGUACAGAAAAGUAAGGAAGGCACAGGCAGAAUUGUUAUGUGGAACAUGGGCAUCAUGAACAGUUAUACAAUGGAGGCAACAUUUUGUGGAUCCACCAUGGGCAAGAAGAAAGGUUACCACUUCAGUAUGGCUGACUUUGAGGCAUUAGGAUACCACUUCUGUGAUACCUUACUAGACUACUGUGAUCCAGAUAACACUAAAACUUGCAAUAUUCUUCUUGAACUUGAGGAGCGUUUGAAACGGGAGAUAAUGGUCAAACUCCAGAGAAUCUCAACAACAACUACGACAGACAUCAACGACAUCAACCUUAGUGACUACUCCUCAGACGUAGAGUCAAGUGACGGGGGAUCUGACAGUUCCGUGUCUGAUGGGCCACCUGUCCACCUACAGUUCAACGCCUCAAGGGAUCAGAAUCCAACUCGACCUCAUUCACGACCCUGUAUUCGGGUCAUGCCAUUUGAUUGGCAGCCUACCAAAAAGAAGAAAAAGUUAAAGACAAACACAUUAAUCGUUAUUAAGAGAGAUCCACAUGCUUGUGAGAAAAAACCACCUAUGUUGACAGGGCAUCAGCAAGCACAUGCAAAGCAGGAAAAGCUGACUACACCCCCCACUGGUAUGAAGUAUACAUUAGCUGUAAAGCGGCCUAAAUCUAGUGAGGAACAAUCAACUCAGCCAAUAAUAAAUGAUGAGAAAUCGGAACAACGGGCUCGAAGGGCAUACACAACACUUUUUGAUCCUCGAGACCACAGUGACUAUCUUGAAGCCUUGACAAACGCGUAUCUCAGAAAUGGACUACUGGUUCAGGAUCAAGCAGCUCCACAUUUCCGUUACUCGGGCAACAAGGUAUCUCCGACAAUUCCUUUUAAUCUGGACGGAUUGUGCCCUCACCAUGAGCAGACAUUUGCUGCUCAGUAUAUGGCACAGCAAAUACAAAACAUAAACAGUGGAGAUCCAGAUUGGUUGCUACAUGGGAUAAGAGGACGACCCAAAAUUCUCAAACCAUUCCGUCAAAAAAAUCAGGAUGAGAUAAUUGCAAAACUUUUAGGGAUGCCUGCAGCAGUGUGCCCACCUAUGAGACCAUUGCCCAUCCCAGUUGUAGGAAAUACCUUUGUUAAAGUUUGGAAAGACAGGAUACAUAAAUCUAGGAGAAGCAAUUUCCCCGACGCCACAAUAGAUGAGAUUGUUCGAUCUCAGAUCACCCAUCAAGCCAGUAUCCCCCUUGCCAGACAACCAACUCAAAGACACAUCUUGGAGGUGUCCGCAGCACAGCAAAGGCAGCAGGAUGUGCUACUUCAGGCACGUAAACAUCCUGACUGUCCAGUAGUGGGCCGGUUGUGCUAUCGUCACAAACUGGCCAUCAGCCGAGACCAGAUCAUCCCCAAUCUGGUUCUCCUCCAGGACUCCCUCGCCCAAUCCUUUGUCCUGCAGGGAGACAAAUCAGGUAAUGCCAUUCGUCAACACCCUAACCCUUUUGAUGAACAAUAUAGUCAUGCUAAGAACAACAGACCUCGAGCACAUGUGCCUGAAACCUCUUUUAACCAUUAUGAACUCCAAGAUGAUGCUAAAAGUCGGCCUCCGCCUGAAGAACCACCACCACCACCAGAUAUGGACACCGCCUCAGAAAUCACUGCCAGGGAGGAGCCAGAGGAGGAAGAGGAACACAGAAAACAUGGUCACAAAGGGAAACAUAAAGAAAAAGGAGGAAGAAAGAGCAGAAUGGUUGAGGAAACCAACAUUUUGUACCAGUUUUCACAAGACAAGAAGGCUCCAACUUAUGUAGCCACAUGUGUGCAAGAUUCCAUUAAUCCCAUAGAUUUAGCCCUGGAAAGAAAAUUCUCCGUUGUGAUACCACAUGAAAAUCAAGUUCCAUUUCUUACGACGAGGGAAUUAAAAAAUCCAGGGAUGAGAGAGUCGGACGAUGAUGCAUCUCAAACAAAGGAGGGACCAGACUACCUACAGGACCCUCACCAUCACGGGGGACCCCGGGUCAAAUCGGCCAAGGGGGGCAAGGACAUAGACAGUAUGGUGGAGAGCAUUAAGGAAUUACGUCAAUCUCUGGCUAACAAUGCCAUGCAGCAGAACCAUCUAAGUCCAACUACAGGUGGUUAUAUAAAAAGACUAAUGCGGGAGACUGGCGAGGAGAUAGAGGAACUGACCAAUGAAAUCCGACAUGACAUUGAGCAAGAACGUAGGUUGUCAAAGGAUAAACAGAAAACAAAAGAAACUCCUAGGAAGUUUCAAUCCCUUGACGAUUACAAACUAAACAAUGAAAAUCGAAACUACAACAGCCAAGCUAUGUCUAUUGGUAGCAAGAGCAAGACUGUGUUAACCCGAGAACCUCCGGGCAAUUCAUUCGAUGACAAGAGACCGUUUAAUGCUAGAUUCAAAUCCAGGAGUGUGACCAAUUAUCCGGUCAGUGAUCGGACGUACGACAGAACUCAAAAAUGGAGAGAUCCCAAUCUCAUGAUCACAGGUGACACCACGACGGUCAACUACAGCAAUACAUACGUCACCAAUGUGCGAAAAUCCACCUCAGAAACUGCUUACACCAUCCCCGCUAGUAGUGCUAACGAUAUAGUGUAUAACGGCAAUGCAGGGUCUAGCUCGCAUAGAAAUAGCUAUAUACCAAACACCACCACCACUGCCACCCAGACCUCAUCAAAGGUAGAGAGGUUCUUCCCCAGGGUAGAGCUGUACCCCGAAACUGACAACUUGCACCCCGUCAGGGUAGCCGAUGCCAAUGGAUAUGCUAUUUAUAACAACAAAUCGAAAAGUGCUAAGGAUCUUCGAGAUGGAAUUACCAAUUUGGUCACGGGUAAAGAGGACCGCAAGUCCAAUGACAAAACAGAAAAAUACUUCGAGUUUGAAAUUACUGGAAUGAACCUUUCUACCAAAAAUCGUUUUCCUGGAAAGCAGCACCAAAAUCGAGUGAAGUCUGCCAAAUCGGGUCGCCAUUCAGUAGGUAAGCAGACCGUCACGCCGACCUCACUAACAGAGGCUGUGCCGACAAAAAUACAACUAAUGAUAACACAAGACCAUCAAGAGGAGAAGACUUAUGGGGGGCAGUUCCUUCCCCUUUCUCGGACCAUCCGGGCCCCCUUCUACAGAAACAGCUCCGUACGGAAAUGAGGAGUAUGUGUGCUGAAUCAAGGACAUUUCUGGACUAAAGCUAUGCAGUUACUCAAAUAUUAGGAUUUCUUUAAGUGCUAUAUGAAUAUCGUUCCAUUCAGGUUUCUUCUGUGCAAGAUUUAUUAAUUCAUUAAAAAUGUUGCACAGGAGAUGCAGAUGUAUAGAUUGAACCAUAUAUAACACCAUGCUAAUAAUAUAUAUAUAUUCAGACCUACCUCUUGAAGUAUGCAUUGCUGAUCCAUUUAAAACAAGAGUUUGUAUAUAGACAUAUGUAUGAAUGCGUUUGUCAAACUUUUAAGAGAGAUUCAUUUCUACUGUGCCAAAUUGUGUAGAUAUAUUUAUUGAGAUUGAGAGUUAAAUUGGAGUUUAACUGUGUGUAGAUUUUAGAUAUUACAAAUACAUGUAUCAGCAGAUAGAUACAUGUAAAGUCAAAACAUGGAAUAUGUUCAUGCAAGUACAUUUUUACAAGCAAGAUGUACAUCAGAUGGAAAUAGCAUAUUUUUUAGAUUAUUUUUUUAAGUUCCAUAUAUACAUGUACAUCAUAUUAUAUACAUGUAGGAUACAAUUACAGUACUGUUUUACUAAAACAGGGUUAUAUUUAAUUCCUGCACAUGUUUGCGGGACAAAAAUGUCUCCGAUUUUAUUCUACAGUAUGUGCCAAGAUUUGUUGGGAAUAGCGUAUGCUGAUUUUAACAGAGUAUUUUAUUGUUUAGGAAAACAGUGUAUUUUGUAUUUUAAGGAUAUAUAGGAUUUUAAGGUUAUAUUCAGCAACUUUAUUCUAUUCUAAAUGUCUGUCCAAAAUGCUGAUCACUUAAGUUUUGAAUGUGCCUUGUUUAAAGUCCAUCCAUUUUUGUUUUUAAAAUGUAAAGUUAUAUUUAAGUGAAUGUAUUGUUUAUAAAUGUAAUUGUAUGAAAAUUUAAGGUAUAAAUGAUUGAUAAA